AUUGAAGAUUUAAUAGACAUCAAAAUUGUUUUCAUAUUGCAUGUUAAAUAUAUAACUGGAAAUAAUCCUGGUAAAAAAAACCAAACUACAUCUCACGAUUUUAACAUGUCCAGAGAACACGAGAUGAGUCUGUCCACCCUCCAGAAGAACGAAGUCCUUGCUGACCAGCACAAACUAUUACAGAGGGAGCAAGACCACUACGCCUGCCUGAUUACCAAACACAAGAAACAUCUCAUCAGCCUGGAGGAAAAGAUCAAGAAAAUGCAAGACAUGAUUGUGGAGAAGAAAAAGCAGAUGGGUUGCGAUGUUUACAUGCUGAAAAGAGCUCAACAACAAAACAAACAGAUUCAAAUCUUGGAGGAUCGUGUCAGUCAGGCCACCAUGAGGUACGACAAGCUGCUGUCUCAGAACCAGGAGAUUCGCUCUGAAAUCAAUCACCUGUGCCAGGAGAGGGUAAAACUGAUGAGCGAGUACCAGCGCAUUAAUAAAGAAUUGAAGAAGCAGAACAGCAUCAUGGACGAUCUGGUGGAGACCUCAGUUCAGGCCUAUGACCAAAGGUCAGAUAUCUUAAGGCGGAUGCUGGAAGUUCAAGAGAGCAAUAGGGUGGAUUCUGUGCACUUUCAUGCAAAGAUAAGUGAGCUUAAGCGCAUCAUCCACCAUGAAACCAAACUACGCACUUUUAUGAAGCAAAAGUCCAGAGCAAGGGUGCCUGUAAAGAAAGAAGACAAAAAGAAAAAGAUUGAGGAUGCCAGAAUAGUACAAACUCAAGGUGGAAGUAUAGAGAUGUACCAGUCUGUGCAUGACCACAUCGUAGAGCUAACAGGAGAAAGUGACUCCUCAAAGAUUUCCAGAAAGUUUGUAGAAAACGAGGAAAAGAAUUUUGGCAUCUUCAACUACAUUACCGAGCUGAACAACAAGAGCGCCAUGCUGCAGGAGCAAAUGGUUAAACUGAAGAAAGAUAUUGAGCAGUUUGAGCUGCAAAACUUUCACCGUGAUGAGAAAAGUAAGAUCGAGCUGAAAGAACUUCAGGAUGAGCUGGAGAGAAAGUCUAGUAGGGUGGAUAUGCUGGAGUCUCAGUACACUCAGGUGUGUGAGACUUUGAAUCAAAGGAAAAACACGAUCACUUCCCUCUUUACCCAAAUAACCUGUGACUCCACGUCCAUCACUAAAAAGCUGAGUGGGACUGCUGAGGUCACUGAUGAUAACGUCUUUCACUUUAUGGCUGUUCUGGAGAAGCAAGUACAGAAGUUGCUGAUGCAGAUGGUGCAGGGUGAGGACGAUCCUUUGCCAGUCAGCCACAAGCUGCUGUCCACCAUGGUUCCUGCAGUCACAGAGCCACCUGAAGCUGCCAGCUUCCAGGACGCAGCCACCAGUGCUGUGCUGGGUACAGGUAAUCUGAAACCUUUGGAUUACGGGGCUCUGUUCGAUCUUGUUCUGCCCCAUGUGGGGUUGGCAAAAAAUGGCAAGAUUCCCAAGCCCAAGAAGAAGCCAGGGUACCAUUUCAAGUCUACCUAAAGGACCAUCAUACUAAAAUGUCUUCACUUUUAUUAAAGUUUAUCAGCAGCAUAAA